UAAGUUUGACGUAUCGUAAAUGUACAUGUUUGUUUUGAGGUUAUAAUCUAGUGUAAUGUUUUUGCUGCAGUUAAUUGUAUUUUAGUUAAUUAAAGUACUCAAAUCUUGAAUUAAAGUGUGUGUAAUUGUUAUUGAAGAACUUUGUGUGACAGUAAUCAAUCAUGGAAGAAACAGAAUCAAAAGAAUUUGAUGCCUCGAUAGGUGGUACGGAACACCUACCAUUUUCAGCAAACAGUUUAAAGUUUGCGUCUUCUAGAAGUGUUGAAAUUGCUGCUAUGACUGAGAGUAUUCUGAGGCCAAGUAAAUCUAAACUUAUAUUCCAAUCGCUGCCUGUUCACAUGAGGCGCCGUGUUAUGAGCCACAACUGUAAAAGAUUACCUCGUAGAUUGCGAAGAGGCCAUUUAGAGCAACUAAAGAAGAGUGGUUUACCACCUAAGCAAAAGCGUCCAUCAAGAAAAUAUAGACGCAGACCGGCAAAUUUAUUGGAAGAGUAUAAUCGACGACAGAAGCAACAUGUUUGGUUAGAAACACACAUAUGGCACGCAAAGAGGUUUCAUAUGACUGAACGGUGGGGACAUCGACUACCAUAUGCACCAUGCGAUAAGGCAUUUCGGGCUUGUUACAGAGGUAGCUCUGCUCACUGCCUUCUACAAGACAUCUCAUAUUAUACCCCAAUUCAAAUAACAGGAACAAUUACACAGAUCAAAGAAAUGUUUGCUAAGGUUACUAGUUGUUUAUGUGGGCUGAGUGUUGGUGCUAUGGCUUAUAUCAAUGGUACUAGACAAGGAACUGUACACAUCUAUGGAGUAACCUCAUUCCCAUUCGGUUACAUUGGCAAAGUGGAGUUCAUUUGGGUCCCAAGCGACAGUAUCAAUAAAAAUCUGUGGCUUUUUGUACAUCCAUCACAAGCAAGUAUAAUACAAUCAGUUUUAACUGAUGCAUCCUGUGUAGAGGACAAUAGUGAUUACGAAGUAGCCAAAAAAAAGAGAAAAGUCAGUAGUGUUACCGGAAGUAUUUCAAUAAAAGUAAUGCAAAGGUAUAAUAGAUUUAGAUUGACUGGGCCGAACAGCCAUGCUAUAUUGGCAGAGAGCCUGAAAUGUGUGAGUGAUGAUCUUUUAAAAAAUGCAAAGUGGACAUCAUCGCAUACACCUAAAGACUUGAUAGACAAGAAUGAAUAUUGGGAAGCAAUAAGUACAGCCAAGUCUCCUGCGCAGCUACCUUCUCAUAUGGUUGUGGGACUAGUUGUAAUAGAUCCUCGUUUAAGGAGACCGAGAUAUCGCACUAAAGCAAAACAAGAAACCGACACAGACAUAAAUACUGACACUUUACGUAAAGUUCCACCUUACCUCUCAAACUCUCCUCUAUGGGAUGUAAGAAUACAUGAAUCGUUAAAAAAGGAGUUGAUGACUAAUGGCCAGUUUGUGAAACAUAUAACCAAGAACAACCUUGUACCUGGGGUAGUUGAUGAGGAUGAUCCAGCAUUGCAAUGUGUGCCUGUUGUACUGGUACAGAGACCUGGCUCCCAGAAUCCAGAAUUCAAGAAAAUUGGAUAUGGCAGUGGAUGGGACAUAAUAAUACCAUCAGGUUAUGCCCUACCCUUCUGGUUGACAUUCAUCAUGUAUGGAGCGAGGUCAGGGGGCUUAAGAGAAACAGAAAGCUUAGCGUUUGAAAUGGGAGAGUGUUAUCUACCUCCAGACUCGGAUGCAGGAAAAGAGAAUGAAAAUAGAAUAGAAUCAGAAAUGCGAGAUAGAUACUUCAGGCUACCACCAAGUAAAAGGGUUAAUUACAAUAAAAUUGCCAUUAAUAGCCCUUUCAGAUGUCCCUGGAAUAUACUGCUAAGUGACUGGAGCGACAAUAAAAUCAACGACUUCUUUAUUUUAAGGAAUAAAAGUGCAUUAAAUGAGAUACAGGACUGCAUAACCAAGAAGAAAUGCUUACCAAAUAUCGAAAAUGGCAACACAUGUUUAGUUCCAGUGUAUGUGAAAGUAGCCGCCAAAGGUAAUUUACAAAGGCAUGCACAUAUUUGCUUGCCGGCAGUAAGUGACCUAGCUAACUUAAAAACCUUAUUUGAACCACACCAUGAGGACCCCAAUGAAAAAGUCAGGAAACUAAAACGUAAGGAACAUGCAAAAUCAUUGAAGAAAAUCAAAAAGAAAAAUUAUAAACUGAAGAAGAAACUUCAACAAGAAAAGAAACCUAAGUACACAAAGAAGUUACGGAAAAUACAUCGAAAUGAGCCAUCAGAAUACGUAAAGGCAAUGAGAGAAUUGUGGCUUCCAUCCAAAAUAGAAACAGUACGCAAAGUCGCCACCAGAGAGGUGAUGGGCUAUAUCGCGCAGGGCGCCUUCAGUUUCACUGAAGCAAGAAGUUGUGGCGUAGGAUACAUUGCAUAUAAUGCAUUAAAACACCUACUAAACACACGUCUAAAUCAAGUUCUAGUAAGAAACCCAACAUCGAGAAAAUACAGACUAGCGAAUAUAAUAAUUAUUACAAAUACGUAA